AUGUCCAAUCAUCUGAGUUCCGUUAGAAACGAUGUUAAAGGCACAUUUUUUAGCCGCCGAGCUUCUUUCCCCACGAGGGCGGGUAAUAGUUCGUAUGGGAUGCUUUCGUAUUUAUCAGCAUUCCAACAGCUUGAGUUGGGGCCGGCUGGUUUAAGUGGAGUACAGGUGCAGCGAUCUCUCAACACACCCGACUCGAAUGCUAGUAAGUGGACACAAGUAAUGUCUGAGACCGAGAGGAAUACUCAAAAGCAAACCGAUAAACCUAAGCCUUGCUGCGUCUGCCUUCCUGAGAAGGAUGAAAGAGACCAGUGCAUCCUUUUCAAUGGACAGGACUCUGAUAAAUGCAAAGUGUUUGUCGAGGCGUACAAGAAGUGCAUGAAGAGUUACGGCUUCGAUAUUUGA